AUGAUGAAUGUUGCUGGAAUACCUGGAAUUGCUGCAAAUUUGCUUUUAAUUUUUGUGACAAUUCAAAACAAUAAAUUGAGAGGGGCAGCUAAUUAUUUAUUGGCUUUAACUGCUUUCUUUGAAAUUCUCCAUCAAUCAUCGCAUUUCUUAUUUUUGGUCAUAACAGUUAGUGGCAUCAAUUUCAUAAAUUAUUCCACAGCUUUACAAUUCCAAUUACAUUCAAUUUUUGGGGUAACAGCAGCACAGACAUCUAUGGCUUCAACAGCCGCUGACAGACUUUUAUCUGUUCUGUUCCCAUUAAAAUAUAAUAAAAUAAAUAUUCGUCUUUACCUCUCAAUCCACACAAUUUUGGCUUUUUCUAGUGGAAUUUGGAUGUCAAUAAAUGCUAUUAACUUAUCUAAUAAAUACCCAACACUUCCCGUUACUGGAUAUAUUUCUGAUUUGUUAGUUCUAGAUAUGGAAAUAAUGUUCCAAUUUAUUAUGCUUCUAUGCGGAAUUAAUGCUCUAUUAUAUUUAUUUGUUUGGAUUGUUGUACGUUGGUUUCAUUCAGCAAACAAUGAUGGAGGUCUUUCAUCAGAUACUCAAUCACGUCUUCUUAAAUCCCUUAUUUUAAUUGUCUCUAUCGUUAUUGGUGGUUAUGUAAUUAAUAGUAUUUGUCGAAUGAUUAUUAAUCAUUUCUUCAAUUUAAAUGAUAUACAAAUUUGGUCAGUUAAUGUGUUUGGAGGAAUUCUUUUAAAUAUUGGGGCUUCUGCAGAGACCCCCACACUUUAUAUUUUUAGUUCAUUAUAUCGAGAAGCUAUCAACAAACAAUUAAAAUUAAUUUUUUGCAAAAAGAAGCAGCAGAAAAAUGUAAUUUCAGUCGUUCCCGGUCUAUUUAAUAAUAGUGGAGGGCUUGUUAGGGAUGAAGGAUUUAAUGGAAAAACAAAACAAUUGACAAGCAUAAAUAAAGCAAUUGUUUUAAAUAAAAAUAAUUCCAGCAUUUUUUUAAAUAAAUAA